AUGGCAACUCCUGCGCCAGAGUGGACGCCCGGUUCUUGGCGUUCCAAGCCCAUCAAACAGGCGCCGGCGUACCCAGAUGCGAAGCUUUUGCAAAAGUCCGUUGACGAACUGUCGAGGUUGCCUCCCAUUGUCCACCCCAAGGAAAUUGUCGCCCUCAAACAGCAUCUUCGUGAUGUGGCCAAGGGCGAGGCAUUCCUGCUCCAGGGCGGAGACUGCGCUGAACUCUUCUCGUACUGCGAGCAGAAUGCCAUCGAGUCUAAGAUUAAGCUCUUGCUGCAGAUGAGUCUGGUCCUCGUUUGGGGUGCUGACAAGAAGGUCGUUCGAAUCGGCCGCAUGGCAGGCCAGUAUGCGAAGCCCAGGUCAAGCCCGACCGAGGUUGUGGACGGAGUCGAGAUGCCUUCUUUCAGAGGAGACAUAUUAAACGGAUUCCACGUUGAUGAGAGAGAGAUUGAUCCUCAAAGGCUUGUCAAGCAAGUUUCUCCCCACAUCCAAGAUGAGGGCGAUCAACUCGACUAA